AUUGCUUCUACACAAUCAACAACAAUCUUUUCUCCCGCUGUUCCGUCGCCUACAUACCUACCCCUAGAGCCUACGUACGUCCUACUUGGCAACUAUGCUUUCAAUUACCAGUCUUAGCAGUCUCACGUUCAUUCUCUGCAUAUCUUACUCCCAGAGCAACACUUAACGCAUUUCAUGAUUCCCUGGGCUUCUUCGUAAACUGUUUCUCCUCCCGUUUUCAACUUCGCUCCCCUCGGCCAAGAUGGGGUUUCGCAAAGGAAUUUCUUCUAUACUAGCAAAGUCGCCCUCCGAUGCUGUUAUCCUCUCUUCCUUGCGUACGCCCAUCUGCCGCUCGUAUCGCGGCCAGCUCAAGGACGCCUAUCCCGAGGAAUUACUCUCCAUCGUACUACGUGCCACCCUCGACGCCAACCCGAACCUCCCGCCCGAAGCAAUCGAUGAUGUCGCAGUCGGUGUCGUACUCUCAGAGCUUGGUGGCAGCAAGGCCGCCCGCACGGCCAUGAACCACGUCGGUUUCCCCACCAGCACGUCUCUGUACACCGUCAAUCGCGCUUGUAGCAGUAGUUUGCAGAGCAUAGCGACUAUCGCCGCGCAAAUCCGCGACGAGAUGAUCGGUAUUGGGAUCGCGGCCGGCAUGGAAAGCAUGACGAGAAACUACGGUUCGAAGGCCAUACCGGUAGACUUGUGGCCAUCGCUGAAAGAAAGCGAGGUCAAGGAUGCGAGGGACUGCAUUAUGCCGAUGGGCCUGACGAGCGAGAACGUUGCGCAAAGGUACGGCGUCGGGCGCAAGGAGCAGGACGAAUUUGCCGUCGAGUCCCACCGCAGAGCGGCAAGGGCGCAGGCCGAAGGCUUCUUCGACGGGGAGAUUGUUCCCGUGCGAACGAGGUUCCAGGAGGUUGACAAGCAGGGGAACAAGGUCGGGGAGGAGAAGCAGAUUGAGGUCACUAAAGACGAUGGAAUUAGGGCCAACGCGACGCUCGAGGGGCUUGCUAAGCUCAAGCCAGCCUUUAAAGAGGACGGCGCGAGCACAGCGGGGAAUUCGAGUCAGGUAAGCGACGGGGCCGCUGCUACGUUGCUCAUGAGACGGAGCACCGCGACCGAACUUGGGUUAACGUCGAGUAUUAUCGGGAAGUUCGUAGCUGCUACGACGGCGGGGUGUGCCCCGGAUGAGAUGGGCGUCGGGCCUGCGCUAGCCAUCCCCAAGCUUCUAAACCAGCUCGGCAUCGAGGCAAACGAUGUAGAUCGGUGGGAGAUCAACGAAGCUUUCGCUAGCCAAGCUAUCUAUUGCGUGAGAGAGCUAGGACUAGAGAAGGGCUGGGAACAGGGUAAGAUUAACCCCGAUGGGGGCGCCAUUGCGCUAGGGCACCCGCUCGGUGCUACGGGCGCGAGGAUGACGAGCACGUUGCUCCACGGUCUACGGAGAAGCGACGGGGAAGUGGGUGUGGUGAGUAUGUGUAUUGGUACCGGGAUGGGCAUGGCUGGCUUGUUUAUCAGAGAGUAGGUAGAAUUGCAUAGUAUCUAUGUGUCUGUGGUGAUAAUGAUAAAAGGGCGUGUUUUUACGACGCAUUCUUUGUUUCAGCGGUUUGGGCUACUGGUUUUCUCAUCUAGAAAAGCAUUUCUUAGACAAAGGCUUUCAGGACAAACAGGCAUACAAUACAAUCAUUGAGCCUACCCGCAUUCAGACGAAACAGCUGUUGAGAAUGCUUCCGGGUGGGAGAGGUCUCUGUUGUCGUUUGCUUUUUAGCAUAUGAUGAUGAUUAAAAUAGUCUCAAAACACAAGUCAUGCCUCUUAAUAAUUAACAAAUAUAUACG